AGUCGAAACGUGAAACAACCCUCGCUCGCAACAAAAUCUCGGCGCUCUAAAAGCCGCCAACGGCGUUUCCUUUCGGUUAAAAAUGUUCGGUUUUUUCGAAAAAAAUUUUGGGUACAGUUCCUCAAGCUGUUUCUUUAUUUAUAUAACUGUGAUAUGUUAUUCGUUGGCUAAGGAUUUCAAAACGCCUAUAGAUAUACCAAACCAAGGAAAAAUUCUUGGAGUGGAAUUGUCAAAAUUAAGAAUUCAAAAAAUUAUCGCUUAUUACGGUAUACCUUACGCUCUACCUCCAGUGAAUAAUUUAAGAUUUGCUCCACCUGUUAUUGAGCCUCUACCAAGUUGGAAUGGAAUCAAAAAUGAUACGGAUUAUCCGCCUUCUUGUUUACAAACUGAAGAGGAUUACAAAGAGUCGGAGAAACCUUUUCUGCAAUUGAUUUCCAAGCUCAAUUUCACUUUAGCUGAAGAUUGUCUUUACCUCAAUGUAUUUGUACCUUACGGUGACGAACCUAAACAAGGCUACGCAACGAUCAUAUGGUUCCAUCCAGGAAAUUUCACUACUGGCACUCCUGCAAUGUGGAAUCCACACACCCUAGUAUAUCGUCAAAGGGUAAUAAUCGUGACAGUCAGUUGGAGGUUGAAUAUAAUGGGGUUUUUCACUACCAUGGAUGGAGAAGCUUCCGGAAAUUACGGAUUGAUGGAUCAACAAGCCGCUAUGAUGUGGGUUAAGAACAAUAUUAAAUUAUUCGGUGGUAAUCCUGAUAAUAUUUGUUUAAUGGGAUAUGGAACAGGUGCAGUCAGUGUUGGACUUCAUUUGAUAAAUCCUCAAUCGAGGGGAUUAUUCAAUAAAGCCAUCGCUAUGAGCGGUAAUUUUUUAUCACCCUGGACAGUGAAACACGCCCAAGAAGAUAAAGAUCUUUUAGAUAGAUUGGCGAAUAGUUUUGCUUGUAACAGAAGACCAACUUCGGAACUAAUACUUUGCUUAAGACAUGCUGAUGCUGAAUCCCUUGUACAACAAACAUCUAAUGUUAAUUGGAGACCUAUUUUAGACGGUGAAAUCAGUAAUAGCAGUACUCCUUUUUUAACAGAUUUUCCCAUAAAAUAUUUCGAAAGAGGAGAAUAUGAAAAAAUUCCUUUACUUACUGGUUAUACACAUAUGGAACAGAUUCUAGAAAUUGAUAGCUUAAAAAAUAUUACUGGUACUUCAAACGAGUAUCUACAAGCUUUAUUAACAGACCUUAUCAGCGGGGAUAUUCCAGUCUUGAAUAAUACUGAGUCUUCUUGCGUUUAUAAUUACGAUCAUAUUAUAGACGCCGUAAUGUUUUUCUACGGUCCUUCAGGACCAGUGAAAGACGAGGAAGCACUUCGAGAAAUUUUAAUAAACUUCGUUACUGAAAGAAACGUUGCUUCCUCCGUGGUACAACUAGCAUCAUUUUUAGGUAAAGAGCAGCCUACUUAUGUCUACAGAUUUGAUAUGAAACCUAGUACUGCAGCAGCUAUUAGUAACUUACCCGAGUGGGUAACAGUACCUCACUUAUUCGAUCUUCUUUAUAUCUGGGGAGUGCCUUAUUGGUCAACAAAUCAAGAUUGGGAUAUACGGGAUAAGAGAAUUUCCGAUACGAUUAUGUCUUUGUGGAUACAUUUCGCUAAAUCUUCCAAUCCUAUAGAGAAGAGUCUAUAUCCAGUGGUUUGGGAACCUUUCACUGACCAAAAUCCAGGUAUUUUAAUUAUCGACGGAAAUUUCAAUAUGAGCAAUUCUAGAAAUUUGAAUUUCAAAGCGUUCGAGUUCUGGAAUAAAUAUUAUCCAAAAGUGAAAGCUGUCGCUACACAAUGUUGCGAAUCGAUUGACAAAGCUCAUAACAUCCAAAUAAAUUCACUUUUACAGAUCUUACAGUUUAUUCUAAUUUUUUAUCAGUUUGUGAGAGUAUUUUUGAGGUUGUAAAUGAUAAUAUCUAUUUAUAUAUUAAAUAAUUAUUGGUUAUACUUGUCAGAUUACUUAUUCGCAAUAAAUUAUUGAAUGUA